UGCCGAACGAACGUCGAACAAUUCCGAUCUCCACCAACAACGCUGAAUCGCUGCCUGACGCCACUGACGGGCCUUCUCUUGCCGCGGCCUAACGUCAUUGACGUUUGCACACCGUCCUGGAGAACUGUUUACAAAAGUUUUUAAAUCAUUCAAGUAAAUACUUUAAUUAAACUGUGGAUUUAGUUGCCCCUUUCCAAAUUAGGGCCCUGUGGAUAUCUGUCUGAUUCGGCGACGGCCAAUGUAAUAAGGAACUGAAAAUGGGUGCUUGCUGUUGCAAGAACGCGGCUCGGACUGAGUCGUACGCGCCUCCGGCGGGACCCAUAAUUGAUCCUACGGAGCCCCGCAUCAUCGUGCCCAAAUCCAUUGUAGAAACCGUGAUCAUCGACAAGCUCGUGCUCGAACUCCUGGCGUUGAUAGCAUCCUUCGUAGACAAUGAUGAGGAGUCGCCAGUGUCGUUGGUGAAGCUACAUGCUAUCGCCGACAAGGAGGAGGGAUGGUUCCAAGUCGUGUCCUCGAUGGUGACUGUGAUCCCGCUGGAGAAUCCCCUGGGGCCUUCCGCUAUCACUAUUGUGUUUGAUGACUGUCCUUUGCCAUCCAAGGACUCUGUGAUUAAGCUUACCCAGCUUUUCGGAUUGUCAGCGAUGCGUGCGCUGAUGGGCGAAAUCAAUGUGAAGAUCGAACGCAACAUCUGCGUGGUGCUGUGCUGCAUCGCUGAUAAGCUCGCCGGCCCCAACAGCGUGGCUGUGCUCACUGAGGAGACCCUCGACUAUAUGCUGUCUUUCCUGAUGUUCCGUCGCGAGCCGCGCAUAGUUCUGUUCGCGCUGAUAGCACUGGAGAAGUUCGCUCACUCCACCGAGAACAAGGUGACCAUUAAGAAACGCCUCGAUACGCAAGAGGAGCACCCGCUGCUUGCCUUGGAACAGUAUGCGGAUAGCACCGAUUACAUCUGGCGCCAAGUCGGCUUCGCUGCUAAGUGGGCUCUUGACAAUAUCUUUAUUGUGAAGGACCGCCUGCUUGCAUUCGAGACGGUUGAUAUGUCCAACAUCAACGCUAUUCUGAACACUCAAGACGCGAGCGAGUAUCUGAAGAUAUCUGGCGACGGCCUGGAGGCCCGCUGUGACUCCUACUCCUUCGAGAGUGUUCGAUGCACCUUUGAGGUGAGCGUCGGCUGCUGGUACUACGAGUGUACCAUCAUCACGGCUGGAGUGAUGCAGAUCGGCUGGGCAACGCGCGGAAGCCACUUCAUGAAUCACGAAGGGUAUGGUAUAGGGGAUGAUCUGUAUUCCCUGUCGUACGACGGAUGCCGCAAGUUGAUCUGGCACGAGGCCAAGCCGUCGCCGCUGCACAACGUGACGCAGUGGCAGUCGGGCGAUGUCGUCGGCUGCCUGAUCGACAUGGACAUGGGCGAAGCCGUGUUCUAUCUGAACGGCGAGCAUGUCCGCACUUGCACCGAGCUGUUCGAGACCACCCGUCAAGGAUUCUUUGCUGCGGCAUCUUUCAUGGCGUUCCAACAAUGCCGCUUCAACUUCGGCAGCGAGCCGUUCCAGUACCCGCCGGAUCGCGCUUUCAACAACUUCAAUGAUUGCGGUUUCCUCUCUGAGGAUGAGAAGAAGGUGGUCCCGCGCCGCUUCUACCUGGAGAAGCUGAGGAACUCCAGCAUCAAGGAGAACUGCUGCACCGUGUGCUUCGAUAACGAAUCCUGCUGCGUGCUGGAGCCAUGCAUGCACUCUGGCUUUUGCUCGCUGUGCACCGCUCAGCUGAAGGAGUGCCCGCUGUGCCGCGCCCUGAUCAUGAACAUCCGUGUGGUGCCCGCGUGACAGGCGGCCGCGUCGGCCGGGUCUGACGCAGAGGACGGUGAGCCAACAAACCCGACCGACCAGUCGCCGCAAACAGCGACCGACACUUAAAGCCUAUACGCGCCCAUUACUAUGUGAAAAUACUUAUAAAACAAACUCCUUCGUUACCCAAAUCCAAAAGUCAUUAUUCUAAGUGUUAAAGUUGAUCAAAUUGUUCAAAUGUACUAUGACAAGUCUUAGUAGACUGUCACAUACAUUUAAACAAUUUCACCGGCUUUAACCCCUGUAAAAAGACAGGUUUUUUUGGGGUGGACUCUAAAGAAGUGUUAGUUUUUCAUAAUUUGUUAUGAAACAGGUAUGCGUACUUAGCGUGCAGGCAGAUGCUUGAAUGGUUGACCAUGUAAGGGGUCUCGGUAUUAGUCUCAUGUAGGUUAUACAAUUUUUCUGGAAAGUGGUGUUGACCCGAUACGUCGAUACGUUGAAGUCAUUUCUAAGAUCUUUAAUAAGUAAACGAAUAAUUCGGCAAAAUGUGUUACCCAAAAACUUUCAGGAAUGUAUUAAAUUUAAUGUAAUUUCAAAAUUAAAUAAGUUUCCCACUCGACAAUAAAUUUAGCCGAUGCAUUCUUACUGCCGGAUAAAAUUAUUAGUUAUUCAAGAUCCCAUGGCUUCAGCAGUAUUUCGUAGCAGCAAACUUUCGGGAAGUAAGACGCCAAGCCUAGAUCCUCAGAAAAUCAAAGUAAAUGAAUGGACGUUUCGAGUCAUUCCCGUUUCGUGACAUACUAUAAACAUACAACGCAUAAAAUUAAAUACAGUAUUCCCCGUUGAAUUUCUAAAUAUUUAAAAUAGUCAUGGACUAGGGUAGGGUAUGCCUUGGUGCGUCCGCACCUUGCCGAUGCCACUCAUUUAUGCCAAAUUUAUAGCGAUUUACUCGCCUAUGUAAGUUACAUUUUAGGUUAACAUGUCGAGGCUAUCGGGACAUCUUUGCCUCGGCUUGUAGCAUAAGAAACGAUAGACAAGCGUCGAGUAUAUUGCCUAAUAACGACGUUAAAUGUGACCUAUCGCGCAACUGUGUAAAUUCUUAAAAACUGACCAUCUUCUCUUAAAGGUUACACUUAAGUACUUAUCCAUGCUGACACUUUGUCAAAGUCUUUAGAAGUGUUAAAUAUACGUUGUCUCAAGGUUUAGACUAGUAGUUUUAAAGCACUAGAGUCGAUUCUUUAAUAAUAGUGAAAUGUGACAGGUUUAGUAUAUGAAGCCGUUAAUAUAUGGUUUUAAAAAUACUACUUUCGCUAAGUAUCCCCGAUGGUAAUGUCCUAAUAUAGAAAAUUCGACUUUAAAUCUAUAUAUGUUUAGAAUUUAGAGAAAUCGAUAAUCCCAGCAGAAACAUCCGCUAAAAAUACUUGAAUAUAUCAAAUUAAAUAUUAACACUUAGAUGUAUUAUUAAAUUACAUAACAUAUUAACUAUUGUUUCUACAAUGCUCAAUCACUAGUGUUGACCACUACCUCUAUUUUCGAAAAUCUCAUAAAUAAUAAAGGACUCUCAAUACAAUAUUAGGUCUAGAUUUAGGUUACUAAAACAAAUAUCGUAGCUAAAAUUCAACAAGACUGACCUCGAAGUCAAAAUGGACUAUUUUCUUAAAUUUUCACUACACUUCAUAUAUUCUUGUACUCUUAUAACUUUGCUAGUUUUGAUAAGAUACGGCCGCGGCAUUUGUAAAACCAACUAAUUUCAACAAAUUCCAGUCAGUUACCAUUUUAUUUUAUUAGUUUAGCAACACAAAAAAUAGUAAAUUUAUUUUAAAGACACAUAACAAAUAGCAAAAAACACCGUCGAGAUGAGACCAAAAUUUCCAGAUAAAAAACGAAAUGUCUUGCUAAAACAUAUUUCAAACUGGACAGUAAGUUUUAAGAUCAAUUUUUCUCGGCCCCGAAGUGCCCUGGCACGAUACCAUUCAGCUAGGAGUUAUCACAGUUGGAUUACAAACCGUUUAGACCCAAAAAAUAAUAAAAAAAUCGAUUUAAAAUUAUAUCUAGUUACACCAGUCUAUAAUUACCAAUGCACAGGCCUCUCCCUUAAAAGUGUUUAAUUUUUCUAUUGACUAAGUUUACAUACAUUAUGGAAUAAUAUAUAUUUUUUAUUGUUUAUACACAAUUUUAUUAAUUGACAACUUAUAUUCUAUAAGGGCCUAUUGAGACGAUGCGAGAAAUAUCGUGCAAGUUGUAUUACCUUGCUGGCGAUCAUAUAUCUCGUUAGAUACCCGAGUUGCGCGCCUGCACAAUAUAUUGCAACUUGCAUGGUACUUUCGCAUCGUCUGAAUGGGCCCUUAGUCAAGUGUUGUCUUAGGCUCGUUCAAAAUUCUGUCUUGAUUAUGAUUAUUUCUGGAACAGUAAAUAUAAAAGCCCACUUAGCUCUAGCCUUAUAUUUCGCCUCUAUUAGGUUAUAUACUCGAUGAAAAACGAAGUCAAAACAAUUUAUUUAUACUAUUUUUUUAAUUUUUCUAGCCCUUGACGAGGCGUAAAUAUGUAAGUCAUACAUACGUAUUAUAAUAUCCAUAUCUAUUGUAUACGUACAUAGAUAAAUAUAUGUGUUAUUCUCAGCGCAAUUUUCCUCAGUAAUCUUAAUUAUACGCCACGCUUACUAUACUGAUUUACUCAAAGACCGUCGAAAGUUUUAAUACACUAUUACCGAAAUCAAUUAAUACGUAAUUAGUCUACACAUUAACAGGCUUUGUAUAUCACACAACACUGAAUCGUAAAUGUGUCAAAAAAGUAUAGAUAACUAAAGAAAAUUGUGCUUAACGAGUUGUAGAACUUUUCCUUUGGUAUAAAAACUACUGAUGUAUUUACAACUCUUGAUGUCUAUCGAUAGUUUGCGCAUGUAUGUAUCACUCCUUGCCUGGCUGGCCCCUAACUGUGGUGUAUGUCUAUAACAGUUUAUUUAUAAACACCUGUUUCCAAUCCAUCGUUUAGUUUAGGUUAUAUUGUUUUUCGAGUAUUUUAAUUGUGUUCAGAUUCCUAAGUCACAGUGUAUGUGUAUCCACAACUCUUGCUAACAGGGUUUCCUACUUGAUAGUUUAUUGUGAAUGUUGUUUGUAUGAUACGAUGGCGGGAAAAUAUUUCGAAACCCUUUACAAGCGUUUUACAAUCUUAGACUGAUAUUAGCAGCACAACUUUUUAUUUUGAGUUAGGUUUACGAGUUUUAAUAAUAUAUUGUAUUUGUACUUCUCUUAUCAUUGGUAAGUGUUUACAUUAAAAGUUUUGAACAGUAUUGUUUAAGUAUUUUGGUAAAUUAUGUACACAUUGAGUCAUUGUUAUAAUUAAGGCUGCCAUUAAAAACUAAAUCUCUUAAACACGUAAGAAGUAUGAGUGUGUCUUUUUGGCAGGAUCUAUUUUUUCUUUCUUUCAAAUUAUUUCGAUCUGAUUGCUUGGAGUUGCCAUAUACAUGGUUUAUUGUAUAUUAUAGCAACGAAGUGUAGGGUCCUACUAAGCUCAAUUAUGUACUUUAAUUUCAUAACAUGAACAUGUCAAGUUACACUCAAUCGAGUAUUUUGGCAUUAUACAGUCCCAGAAGCGCUAGUCAUUUCAAAGCUAUUAAAAGGAGCUAUAAUGAUUCCUCAAUUCCAAUUCAAUUUUACAACGUAAUAGAGCAUAAGAAUCCUUUUAAAAUGGCGUGUAAACUUUGCAACACAGUACACAUGAUCAUAAAACGCAGAAGAUAAAAUACUCAUUUAACUUUUCGUGAUAUUUUCUCGCCAUCCCUUGCCCACAGAUGUUGCCUUUGCAAAUAUCCUCCUGUCAAUCUACCCUACAGUCGUAGAAUUUAAGCUUGACGCAUAUGUUGCAUGUGUGUGUUGUCAGUUGAAUUAUACUAAUAUUUCAUUAAUGUUCAUAGGAAAUGAUCCCCAUACUAACGACUCCGGCAAUGAUUGGAAAUGAUGUUUUAGGACAAGCUGCGACUAUAUUCUCCAGCUUUCAGACAUAAAUUCUCAGUGUUGUGUAUUACAAUUGUUAUAAUAGUUACUGUAGCCAGCCGGGAGAAGAAAAAACUGUAGACUACUGAAUUAAUCUCAGACCAGUCUCCUGUCACCUUUGAAAUGUAUAACACCUGUAUCUCCUGCGCUGGUGUUUUCGACAUAGGUAUUAUUGAUGUCAACAUUCCUUCAGAUACGAUCUAUGUGUUACCUUUAGCAUAGAAUCAGUGAAUUUCACGGUUGCCAAGAUAUUUGUGUCUAUUAUAUUCAGUAGCAGUAGUGAUUAUCCGUGAGCUAUAACGCCACGACUUAUAUUACAUUCAAUCUAUAUGUACUAGCGUAAAUGUUAAUUUUGAAUGCUGAUGAUCAGAAUUAUAACCGAGGGCUGAAAAAAGGAGGAAGGACUUUAAAUUAUCUAAGUGUUAGUAGAUAACUAUUAUGUAAUAGGUCCAUUUACUUUGUGUUAGGGUGAGGCCCUUCAUAGUUUAAAAUUCUUAUUCUAGAUAAUUGAAACCCUUUACGGUAUUGUUCGAAUUUUACGAGUAUGGUGCGAAAAAAAUAGUGAGAAAUCGAAUUUAGAAAUUAAGAAAACAAUUUUGGAAUCAUCUAUGACUGGUCUUACCGUGAAAGCGAAUUGUUCCCGACUCUAUGAUCUAUUGUUUGUUUAUGUUUUAGGAUAGACGAGUAUUUAUUUUAGAAGUUAUAUUAUGUUAAGAUGCUGGUAAAACCUGUACGAGGAGGGAUAUAUUUUAGAUUGUAGAAAAACAAAACAACUUACAUUAUCUUCUGUGAAGAAUUUGUAGCAUUUCGUUUGUCGUUACUAUUAUUUGCACAUAUGACCUAUUUUUUUAUUUUAACUUUAUACUCCGAUUUACACUCUAAUUCAUAUACUCUUAAAAUUAUAAACGUAAACGUAUUUAAACUUGAUAAUUAUAGUAAUUGGUAUUAACAUAUUAUUGUGGAAUAAACUUAAUAGAUGUUGUCACUUUCAUGUUAUAACUCGUCUAUUAUCACUAUCAUUGCAUUUAAAUAUCGAAGGCCGGUGAUAUGUAUCUUUAAAAUAUAUAAAUACGUAUAAUAAUUGCUUUAAAUAAUAACAUCUAAGGUUUCGUCAGUCACUGACGGUAACAUGAGUCCAGUACUUGAAUUAAUGAUAUUUAGAUAGUGAGUUUAAAAACGCACAGUUGUUUUUACGUGCAAAUGUCAUACGUCGAAAGGUGCACUACUUCUAUAAAUAGAUUUAGAUGUUACCCGAGUUACGCACAAGCUGUAACAGCCAUUUACCAGUCUGGCCUUUGUGAUGACCGUUAUACAAGGUCGAUGGUCUUAUAAUGUACUAGAUAUGUUAACGUAAUUAUUGUGAAACUUAAUUAUUUUAACGUAGGAAUUGUAUUAUAGCCUCCUUUGUGCCAUUCGCGAUUGUCUCGCGGUGUAGUGACUUAAAAACUAUAUAUCUAGUGCAGUGCUUUUUGUUUUAAUGAUAAAAAAGUCAAAAGUAGUUAAAAAAUAACUUUAAAUACUCUGAGAAUUGUUCUCUGAGCCCGUCUAAAAAGUACUGAUAAUACUUCAUUUCGUCCAGUCUGCUAUUACUUAUUUUAUACAGGUUCGAAACAAGAAAUUAUAAUAAUUAUACAACUGUCUUUACAUUGUUACUUAAUUUUAAACUUAAAAAUGACGCCCUUAUUGAGAAAUUCAACUCCAUCCAGUAUUAUUUUUCUAUCAUUACUCAAAAAUAAAAUAUUCGAUACUGCCAAAAAAAAAAACAAUAAAAUCUAUUUUUUAUUUAUUUAUUUAAUAUAAUCAUUGUACAUAAAUGCAAAACAAAUAUUCUUAUGGUAAACCUAGUCACAAACUACUUAAAAUUCAGAAUAAAGAGUUAGAUGGUAUAUUCGGUAAAACUUAUGAUAAAUAUAUUUAAACACUUAGCACUUACCCCUUCACACCAAAUGCGCACAGAGGAGUCUGAGAUAAAUAUGUAUUGUUUAAGUUAGUACUGCCAAUGUCAAAACAAAAAAAAUACGCCUUAUCGCCUAAUCAAAUGUUGAGCCAAGUAAAAUUUUACUGUCACCAAGAUCACUGCCAGUAAUAACACAAAUUGUUAACCAGCUACAGCCCAGGUACCUUUUACACCGUUUAGGUAAUAUAAUAUUAUAUGAAUUAUGGCUAAUACUGAAUCAGAUCCAUUAUAGAAUUAACGUAUUAGUGAAUGUUUAAGGCUGGAGCGCAGAAUGCGCAUUAGUAUAUAUAACAUUGAUAGGCGUUGAUAAGAUUAAAAUAUAUAAAUAUAUACGUAUUUAUAGUAAAAACUAGUGAGACAUUGUAAUUUAAAUGUAAUGGCACUUCAGGGAGAACUAUUUUCUUACCUAUUUAGCGUUCUAGCACUAAGACUUCUCUCAGCUGAUGAAACAUGACCCCUGCGUGCUUAAUAUUGUUUCUUAGUAUAUGUAUGUUGCAUUUAAAACAUGUGUACUACACAUCGGUUUAUAUAAUUAUAAUUGUUAACAACGAUUUAACACCGGCCUCAUUUUACCUCAUUAUACGGUAGUACUUGUCUGUUUAAUGUACCUUACUUAGAUGUUAGUAAUGUACGGUUUAUCUAUUAUAUUAUAUUAUUCUUAAAUGUACUUACUAUGUGGUUAUUUAUGCAUCUCGCUAGUAUCGAGUGCGAUGGAUUGUAACAUUCAAUGUUUAAGUCACAAAUAAAGUUUACAAAACGUA